AUGAAAGGAAGAGCUGCUCUGGAAAAGGCUCUUCCUGGGGUUGAUCUUGAGGAACGCCUAGAGAGAUUGAAAAAGCUCGGUGGACACAGAGAGAACGCAGAACUGGUAAAGGAGAAGAUCAAGUUCUCUAAUUCAACAGGAACGGAGAAUUGUAGCAAAGAACUGAGUGUAAUCGAGAACACCACGAAAAGCAGUACUCGACAGAAGCGCCAGAUCCCUUAUGAGGGCGUUUCUAAAUGGGAGAACAACAGAGUUUUCUACUAUUUCGACGCAAGUAUACCAGCAGCUAACCAAGCUUACAUCAGAACGAUCUUGAAUUACCUCCAAGCUCGUACAUGUAUUACUUUCGUGGAUGAUGCCACAGCAACAAAUCGUAUAAGAGUGUUUGACGGUGCCGGCUGCUAUUCAGCACUUGGAAUGCAAGGAGGCGAGCAGUCCUUAUCAUUGUCGCCUGACUGUGUAGUAGUGGGUACUGUGGCGCAUACGUUUAUGCACGCUCUCGGCAUUCUACAUAUGCAUGUGCGCGACGACAGAGACGAAUAUCUCAUAGUUGAUCUGACAAAUGUGCCGGUAAGAUUUCUCCUACUGACGCCUUAUUUCUAG